CUGUGGUUUUGACGUUUUGAGUUUGAUCAGUUGAUUAGUUGAAAGUUGUAAUUAAAAUUAUUCUAAGUAUCCGAUUUUACCCAAUCUUUUCGAAGUCGAAUAACUUCAAAACUUGCGAAAUGAAAAUAACAGUGAAAUACCUAAAAGGUGGAAGUAUUCUAGUAGACGUCACCGAAAAAAUGACCAUUCUGGAACUCAAACAAAAAAUUGAAAAGGACUUCAAUAUCGCUGCUUCACAGCAGACUCUCAUCCUGCAAGGAAAAUGCCUCCAAGACGACAAAUCCGUAGAGGAUUAUCCGAAAAUCAAAGACGGAGCCAAAGUGUACGUUGCAAUAAAGAAACCAGAGACUCUCAUGUCAGUGCUGAACGUCUUCUUGCGGAAGUACUAUUCAGAAGAGCAGUGUAAGCUUAUUAUCGAUGAGUUCAUGAGGAACUUUCACUCCAAAGUGGAUAGUUUGAGCUUGGACGAUCUAGAGCGAAUUGCAGAGUCGGAGAUUCAAGGAUAGUGUAGAUAGUUUUAAUGUAAUUUUGUUAGGUUGAUAUUUUUAAACCGAGGUAUAUAUAUAUAGUGAAAACAUGAUGAUUUUGAGGAAUAUUUGUAUAAUGUGAUAUACUCAGCUGUAAGUAAUCUAUAAUUUCCAACAUUUGAAUUGAGGUUAUGUGCGAGAGGAUUUUUUUAUGUAGUACCCCUUCAAAAACCAUGAUUUAUAUUAACUUUCCACCAGAUUUUCAGUAUAGUAACUGACUAGACCGACAAUCUUCCAAAUUUCUAGUCUAUAACAAUUUUUGUAAUAAUAUUUAUCAGCUUUAUAUUUUUCAAGUUUAACUUAUCAGAAGUAAUACUUUUUACGUGUAAAUGAAACUGUCAGGUAGAAGAAGGGGCUUUAUUCAACUUCUAUGAAAUGAUAUUUCUGAAAAAAUUGGAGGAGAAAUACACAGAAUUUAGCUUUCAA